AUGAGGAAGGCCAGGCUCCAGGAGCUUCUCUGGAUGCUCUUCAUCUCAGAACUCCAAGCUGCAACCGAACCACAUGAAGAAAAGUAUGUCUUAGCAGCAGGAGAGACCCUGAAUGUACAAUGUCCCUUCUCCAUCCAGAAGUAUGCCAAUAGCCAGAAAGCUUGGCAGAGGCUGAUGGAUACAGGGGAGCCCCUAACACUGGUUUUCACAGAGAGUGUUUCAGGGAAUCCCAGUCAAGUCCGGAUGGGCAGGUACUUCCUAGAAGACAUCCCCAGUGAGGCCAUGCUGAACGUCCAAAUGACCAGCCUUCAAGUGGAGGAUUCAGGACUGUAUCGGUGUGUGAUCUACCACCCUCCCAAGGACCCUGACAUCCUGUCCCCCCUUGUCCGCCUGGUGGUGAUCAAGGGCACCACUGUCUCAGACAAGAAUCCUACUCAGAACUUGGCUAAGAUUUCCACCCUUCCUCCUACCACCACCAAGGCCCAGAGCACACUCCUCAACAGCCCCAGGACUGUGACCCAACUCCUGCCCAAAUCAACUGCUGACAUCUCCUCUCCUGGCUUGGGAGUCAACAUCACAAAUGCGACGGAUGUCACGAGCUAUGGUUUCAGGGUUCCUGUGAUCAACAUCGUCAUUCUCGUGCUGUGUGGACUCCUGAGCAAAAGCCUGGUCUUCACUGUCCUGCUUGCUGUCACGCAGAGGUCAUUUGGACCCUAGGCCAGUGAAGCCAUAAGCAUGACCUCUGACCUCCAGCCACAUCCCUCUGGCAGUUGUUCUGGGGGAGGAGUGUGAGGGGGAAAGGAAGGAGGGGCAAUGACAAGAGUUGAAUCUGUAACACAGAUUCUUUC